AUGCCGUCAACAUAUCCGAGGCUGAUCAAGAACCUGAUACGCUAUACUACACAAUCAUCAGCAACAUGGAUGCGAUAUUUCAUUUUUUUCACCAAGCUUCCAACCGAAAUCAGGAUUCAAAUCCGGAAGCUUGCCCUUCUACCAAUAGCUCGCCAUCGCCCGGGUGCUCACUUUUUCGGCGUUACCAACAAAGCUGCGGACAGCGAAACCGUCGACAAGCUCUAUGCUCGCUGCAACAAAGAUGACUGCUUAAUUACUGAUGACUACAAUUACGGAUAUGGUCUUGUUCCGCCAAGUUGCAUCCCUGACAACGAGAAUUAUUUUUGGCAGCAGAAUAAUACUUCUGCUUAUCUCUGGGAUUUUGGAAUCUGGUCAGACGCUGGACUGGGGGGGUUUAGACAAAUAACAAUUGAAUAUGAGCCUGUCUGGAAUGAUGUGACCAAGGAUACGGAUCCAUUUGCUCUCUUUGGCUCAAAAGGCCCCAAGGGAUUCUUCAUACGCCCUCUGCUUUACAUGGCGAAUAACCGCAGUUCAUCGGCAAGAGACUGGAAGUUUCCCUUUUGGCUCAUAGAUUACAGCUUGAAACGAAAGCCGGAGACAAAAAUUGGCAAAAAUGUCAAGAGGAUCUAUGACAUGGAUCGCGUCUUCACAGAAGUUACCGACGAAACACGCCAGUACUAUGAGACAGAUAAUGAUUCAGCACUCGACUUCAUUCACAACCUUGCCAGCCUAUUUGGAAAAGAAGACGGAUUGGGUGCUGAUCCUUUAGAUGAAGCAUAG